ACAUGCCAAAUAUCUACAAGAGAAAGGGCAGCGGAAACGGCAGAGCUGAGUGGUCAGAGGAAAAUUUAAAAAAAGCAAUUGAAGCACUGGCAAGAAACCAAGUUGGCCACUUUAAAGAGACGAUAUUCUUUAAGAAAAACGGAAAAGUGUGGAUUAGGCCCAGGGUCUACUCUCGGAACAGCCAAUGA